AUGCCGACGAGUCUUCUGUUUCCGUUUCACUUCAUUUCCAAUCGCCUCGACACUUUCAAUCAGGUUCUCUUUUUUGGCUCAAUGUCGCUUUUGUCCCUCCGUGUUCUUUAUGAUCCCCUACGAUCUCUUCAUAGUGUAUUUGUGUCCGAAAUGUAGUUUUCAUUCUCGCAUGAUUUUGGUUGUAUGGCUCACUCGAAACGUUGUCUACCGUACUUCUAUAACCUCUUCUUCUGAAUUCCAGAUCAUUCAUGUCCUCAUCCUCAUUCUCCCUUUUCAGGACAUGCUGGAACGCGUGAAGUCGUCGACCUCCCGCCUCACCUCGGCCACCCGCUCGCCCUACUUCCUCCGCUGGUCGCCCGUCCUUCUCGCCCUCCUCACCACCGUCUUCGUGCUCCUCGGCGCCACCUGCUUCUACCUGUUCGAGCGUGAUCCGCAUGAGAUGACCGUCCGCAAAUGGUACACGAAUAUGGCCGUCAAGAGGUUUGUUUUCGGGUUUUCUGCUCGCCGCCGAGUUGUCUCGACCGAAAGUGCGCGCCUUCUCGUUCAUUCAGCACGUUUUGAUCGACGACUCCCCGGGGGCAAUCCAAUCCGAUUUGCUCCUCCUCCUCCUUCUCCAAAAUACGCGUUUCGCAACUCGAUUCCCGAGCAGUUUUUUGGUGCCUAGGCGAUCUGUUUUUGCUGGAAAAGAUCGGAAAGACGAAGAAAGAUGGGAUGUUCUUUUCAGACGAAUGUUCGCGAAAACGAUCAGCUCAAGGAUCUUCAACGAUACCCGCAAUCUGCUGAUCAUCAUCGAUCGGGAGCAGACUGCGAGGGUCCAGGUCAGUUGAGCAGAUUAUAGUAGUUCCCCAUUACGAAAUCCUAAUUUCCAAAUCUGCGGCUCUGUUCAGCCGAAGAGCUCUGAACAGAACCGAUCCGUCUUUUUAGUGCGAGAAACACAAUAAAAUCGACUCCGAAACUUGACCAACUUCCGGAGAACGACAUUGAAAAGAAAAAGAGCGAGAGAGAGAGAAGAAUGGGAAAAGAGGAGAAAUAAUUGAAAAGAGUGCAAGUUUGGGAUGAGCAGAUUCAAAGAUAUGUGCUCGAGAGAGUUGUUGUAUAGUUGGCAUCAAUUGCGAGGAUUUUCGAAAAGAGGAGGAGGGUGGGGGGCAUUUUUAUCUGCAACGGAAACUGUAUCCAGGCAGUUCUGGCAAAAGCCGGUACAGCAGACUUGCAAGUCUGCUGGUACAGUCUCUUCGAAUGUUUUUGGAGGACCGAUCGGAUCAUUUUUUCUGAAGUUACGUAGAUUAGAUGUCGCCUUUUUCGGCCUCUGAUCCACGAGACAAUCCGAUCGCUCUGAAACUUGGACCCAAUACUGCAGUCUAGAAAAGUUUGAGUUGAUCGGAAAACUGUUUAGUGUAAAUUCAACCCGAUUGGAUUAUAACGCCUUAAAAUACAGUGAAACUAGAUUCUUUGCUAUUCUGCUGCUCUCUACCACUUCAAAAAUUCGAUCUCCGGUCAUCGUAAUCUUCAUUUCCAAUGAUUGGAUUCGUCACUUCACUCCAUAAACUUCUAGAGACUUCUCUCUUCCCUUCGAGACCUUCCCUCGGGACAAUAUUGUCGCCUUCAGAAUACAUAUCUGCUUGACCCCAUCUCUUCCAUUUUUCGAUCCCCCUCUUCUCUUUGGCUCUUUCAUUUCGAAUAAUAUCAUUUGGGGAGAGAGAUUGGGAGAGGGAAGCUCAUGCGGAUAAAUGCAUCAUAAUCGGUUUCCAAGGCAACUGAAAAGCGGGGAUUGAUGAAGAGACUGAAAGAAAAGAGAAAAGAUGGAAACAAACAGAUGACGGCAUGAAAGUAGAGUGGAAUAUGAAACGAUAGGACUAAAAAUAAGUGAGCUCCAGGAAAAAGAGCCUGGACUUCUGAACCACUUGCCAUUAUCCGAUCAGAGCCUGACAUGGCACGAUUAUCAGUCUUGACAUAUGUUUGACUUAUAUCUCGAAAACACUUCAAACAUCACUAGAUCCGAGAUAAAACUAUCCUGAAACUGUAAAGUAAUUCCAACGGGAUCAAGUAGAAUUCUAGAAUCUCAAGCCUAUCCGACUUCAUUUCCAGCAACUUCUCGUCGAAUCGCUGAAAGGCUAUGAGGACAAACUGUCGAUAGUGGGCCCUUCGCGCCGGGAAUGGUCCUGGGCGAGCAGCUUUAACUUCGCCUACUCGCUCCUUCUCACCGUCGGCGCCGGCUUCAAAGUGCCGUCGACGAUCGGUUCGCAGGUAUUUCCGCGUCACGCGCGCCGCCCGUUCCCAUGCUCCUUUCCCUUUCAGAUCUUCGCCGUCUUCUACUGUCUCAUCGGAAUUCCUCUCUUCUACAGUACGCUCGCUCUCAUCGUCUAUCGCCUCGUUUCGCCCGUUCUCAAGGUGAAUGCACUUCGAGGGCAAUUGGGGAAAACAGGGAGAGAGAAAGAGAGACGGAGAGAAAAAAAGGGAUAUAUCAUAGAAAGAAUGGGAGUUGUGAUAAACUAUCAGAGUUGAAUCAGACUCUGGAGCACACAAAACAGAGCGAUUCAGAAGAAUAUUUUUAAAUGAAAAGAACGAAUGGCGUCAGAAAAAACAGAAGCGGAUAAACGGAUUCGAGUGACGUCACGAUGCCACGUGGCUUCUUCCUUCCCAUUCUGUUGUUUUUCAGUGGCCCUCGCUGACCCGUGGCCGUCGUUUCCUGCUCGUUCUCGCGGUGUUCGGUCUCUUCGUUCUCUGGACCCUCCUCGUCGGACUCUGUCUCUACUACCAGGUACUCUCUGCUUCUCCUCUUCUCGCACACUCUUUCUCCUUUUCUCUUCCAGGUCGUCAACGACUUCUGGCUGAGCAUCUUCAACGCCUUCGCCGGAUCGUUGACCGUCCAAACGCCGAGCGCCAUCCAGAUUUCCACGUGCGGAAUCCUUUUCCUCAACUUCGCCUCGACCAUCUCCGUUUCUUUGCUUCUCCUCAUCCUACUUGUCUCUCUUUCCGUUUUCUUCCCCAAAGAAUGUAAGCGCCAACUUGUUUUGGACUCCUUCAAAAUUCGAAUUUCAGUGCUCGUCCCAGAAUUCGAAAAGCCGUCGAGGAGAAGCUGGAACGUCUGA